AUGAACCAAUCAGCUAAACGCAAAACUUCUGAAACAAAUAAGAGAGAAACUAACGAAAAAAAGUUUGAAACAAACGUGAAAGCAGCCAAGGAUGAAAUUAGUGAAAAAGGAGCAAUAGAAAAAGCCUCAAAGGGAAAUGUGGCAGCUGAGCCAUUUGCCAAAGAAUUGGUCAGUAUGACUUGUGUUAACGGAAAAUCUGUUGAUUCGUACGCCAACGGGAGAACGAGUAAGGGAGUUAAUAUUGGAAGUUCCAGUAAGAAGAAGACUGAGGAAAAUUGUGAUGGAUCAUAUUUGAAAGAAUUCGAAUGGGAAGCUGCGUGCCUUCUCCACGUGUGUCCAUCGUGGUUCAACCUCAUGACCAUCAAAGAAUAUACAGAUUUGUUCAAGUUUCAAAUUCACAUGGAAGUUCGCUACUUGCGAAGUUAUCAAAUUGAGAUUCUUCGCAUGGAUCUUCUUCCGACGAACAUGAAAAAGCUUACGGAGCCAAGCAGAGUUGUCAACAUUUCUUCAUGUGAAUUUGAUGUUGUCGGUCAUCGAGACUACCGCGAAUUAUUCACGGAGAUGCAAGUUUAUUUGACAACUCUUCUCAAGUUUACCAACCUUUUCAUCGAAUUUGAUGAUGCAAGACUCUCGUUUUUGAGAUUCUAA